AUGGAGAUCCAAAAUGGAGCAGCGCUCUGCUUUCCAAAACUCCUAAACACCUCCUGCAGGAAGCCCACACCUUCUCGGGGUGAAAUCGCACUGCAGACUCUACUGCUCUCCAUCUCUGUGCUCAUUAUGGUCCUCAACCUGCUGGUCAUCAUCUCAGUCUCACAUUUCAGGCAGCUUCACGUCCCCUCUAACCUCCUCCUCCUCUCUCUGGCUGUCUCAGACUUCCUUGUGGGUUUUGUGCUGAUGCCAAUUGAAAGCUUAAAAGAAACAACCUGCUGGUUUCUUGGUGACCUCACAUGCUCGUUAUACAACUGUAUUUCGUUUGUUGUCACCUCUGCCUCAGUAGGAAACAUGGUGCUCAUCUCCAUCGACCGUUACGUUGCUGUCUGUCACCCUCUGCAUUAUCAAACCAGAGUCACUGUGAGGAGAGUCUCACUGUGUAUUUGUGUGUGUUGGUCCUGUUCUGUUUUAUACGGUGGCCUCAUUGUAAUGGAAGAUCUGAGUGAACCAGGUGCCUACAGCUCCUGUUAUGGCGAGUGUGUGAUUGUCAUUAACUACAUUCAAGGAACUGUUGACCUUAUUUUGACUUUCAUUAUCCCAGUUACCGUCAUCGUAGUUCUGUAUAUGAGGGUGUUUGUGGUGGCUGUGUCUCAGGCUCGGGCCAUGCGCUCUCAUGUUACAGCUGUUACACACCAACAAUCAGUGCACAUACGUGUGAAGAAAUCUGAGAUGAAAGCAGCCAGGACUCUUGGUGUGAUAGUAUUUGUUUUCAUCAUCACUUUCUUUCCAUAUUACUGCGUCACUCUUGUAAUAGAAAACCCAAACGCUCAGUCUGCAGUGUUUUUGGUCUUUUGUGUAACUCCUAUCUAAACCCUGUGAUCUAUGCGUUAUUCUAUUCAUGGUUUAGAAAAGCCAUUAAACUCAUUAUUACGUUUCAGAUUCUGCA